AUGGUUGCUCACCGAUUAAUAGCUUCCAGAAUCUCCCGCGUAAAAGACCCUCGCACUCGAUUUAAACCUCUCAAAGCCUUUACAACGUCGUCAUCACAAGCUCCCGAAUUGGAACCCGCAACUUCUUCGGGUUCGGGUUCGGAUUCGGAUUCGUUCUUGGUGGAGAAUAUCUGUUUCAGUCUGAAGCAAGGUAAUUAUCAUAACACUGCGAGUUCUCUGCGAAAUCAGCUGAUUCGGUUAAACCCUUUAACCGUCGUUGAGGUUUUAUACCGUUGCCGGAAUGAUUUAAGUCUAGGUCAAAAGUUCGUGGAACAAUUAAGUUCCAAUUUCCCGAAUUUCAAGCACACGUCUCUCUCUCUAAGCGCAACGAUCCAUAUUCUGGUGAGGAGUGGAAGAUUAUCGGAUGCACAGAGUUUUCUUCUUAGGAUGAUAAGGAGGAGCGGCGUUUCAAGGGCAGAGAUAGUGAAUUCGUUGGUUUCAACGUAUAGUAACUGCGGCUCGAAUGAUUCGGUUUUCGAUUUGUUGAUUAGGACUUAUGUGCAGGCUAGAAAGCUAAGAGAGGCACAUGAAGCUUUCACAUUGCUAAGAAGCAAAGGUUAUAAUGUCUCUAUCGAUGCGUGUAACGCUCUCAUUGGAAGCUUGGUGAGGAUAGGGUGGGUGGAAUUGGCCUGGGGAGUUUAUCAAGAGAUCACUCGGAGUGGCGUUGGUGUUAAUGUAUACACUCUCAAUAUCAUGGUCAAUGCAUUGUGCAAAGAUGGUAAAAUGGAAAAGGUUGAAACUUUUUUGUCAGAAGUGCAAGAGAAAGGAGUUUAUCCGGAUAUUGUAACGUAUAAUACGUUGAUUAGCGCCUACUCUAGUAAAGGUUUGAUGGAAGAGGCGUUUGAGUUGAUGAAUGCUAUGCCGAGCAAAGGGUUUAGUCCUGGUGUGUAUACUUAUAACACUGUGAUCAAUGGACUUUGUAAGAGUGGGAAAUACGAGAGAGCCAAGGAAGUUUUCUCUGAGAUGUUGAAAUCCAGGGUGAAUCCUGACUCUACUACAUACAGAUCAUUGUUGAUGGAGGCUUGUAAGAAGGGAGAUGCUGUGGAAGUAGAGAAGAUUUUCGGUGAUAUGAGAUGUAAGGGUGUUGUUCCGGAUUUGGUUUGCUUUAGCUCAGUUAUGAGUCUUUUUGCUCGGAGUGGGAAUCUUGACAAGGCGUUAGUGUAUUUCAACAGUGUGAAGGAAGCUGGUUUGAUUCCGGAUAAUGUGAUCUACACGAUUCUUAUCAAUGGGUAUUGUAGAAAAGGUAUGAUCUCUGAAGCUAUGAGUCUGAGAAACGAAAUGCUUCGACAAGGUUGCGCUAUGGAUGUUGUUACCUACAACACCAUCUUGCACGGCUUAUGCAAACGGAAGAUGUUAGGCGAAGCGGAUAAGUUGUUCAGAGAGAUGACCGAGAGGGGUUUGUUUCCUGAUUCUUUCACUUUAACUAUACUGAUUGAUGGUCACUGCAAGCUUGGGAAUCUGCAAAACGCAAUGGAGCUAUUCGAGAAGAUGAAAGAGAAGAGGAUCAAGCUCGAUGUCGUGACGUACAACACUCUGUUAGAUGGGUUUGGGAAAGUAGGUGAUAUCGAUACAGCGAAAGAGAUAUGGGCAGAUAUGGUGUCGAAAGAGAUACAUCCCACUCCAGUAUCUUACAGCAUUAUGGUAAACGCUUUUUGCAGUAAAGGCCAUCUUGGUGAAGCGUUUCGAGUUUGGGAUGAAAUGGUCAGUAAGAGUAUAAAGCCAACGGUUAUGAUUUGUAACUCUAUGAUAAAGGGGUAUUGCCGCUCUGGUAAUGCCUCGGAAGGAGAAAAGUUUCUGGAGAAGAUGAUCUCGGAAGGUUUUGUGCCUGAUAUCAUCAGCUACAACACGUUGAUAUAUGGUUUUGUUAGAGAAGAAAACAUGAGCAAAGCUUUUGGUUUGGUGAAGAAGAUGGAGGAGGAGAAGAAGAGAGGAUUGGUGGGUGAUGUGUUUACAUACAAUUCGAUCUUGCAUGGGUUUUGUAGAAAAAAUCAGAUGAAAGAAGCUGAGAUUGUACUAAGGAAGAUGAUUGAGAGAGGUGUAGAUCCUGAUAGGUCAACGUAUACUUCACUGAUCAAUGGAUUUGUGUCUCAGGAUAACUUAACUGAGGCAUUUCGGUUUCACGAUGAGAUGUUGCAGAGAGGAUUCUCUCCUGAUGACAAAUUCUGA